AUGUCAACCAGAGGGGGGAUGUCCCUGAGGCCGGAGGGAAGGGGACCAAACACCAAAUAUGAGGCCCCUCCGUCUAGGAUUGGAGGCAGCGGAUGUAGGAGUGGCCCAACCAAAGGAAACGAACAGGGGAACAAUAGACGACAGGAGAUGCAUGCAAUGGCAAAAGGAGAAGAAGCUGAAAGAAGGGAACAGGCCGGAGUCGAGCAAAACCAACAACCGAAGAAGACAGAGGCUAGGGACGAGUGCAUUUUCUGGGUGAAUUUAGAUGGCGUCGUAGAAUCAGGGCAAAAGUCCAAGAAAGGGGGGGGAAGGAUAUUACGAGAAACACGAAAGGAAAGUAAGCAGAAGAGGAACUAG